AUGCACAGAUUUAUUAUUAUACAAUACACGAUAACUUUAUAACAUUUGGUAUGAUUCGACAAAAAAUCAGAAAUAAAAAUUUCAAUGAAAUCAUCAAUUUAUUGAAGGAGGUUAUUGUAAAUUUCAACAAUAUAAAACGAAGCGGCAACUACGCUUUUAUUAUCUUUAAGAUGUGAAUAUUUAUAUAUGUUUGCACUUAAUCACAGCAGAGUUCCAGUGUGAAUUUUCUAGUUUUUCAAAACAAAAAAGAAAUUUUAUUUUAAUGACACCACAUAAUGAAAUUAACUUCACGUCAUUACUGCUUCCUAGUAGGAUUCUUACACUUGAUGUUGAUUGUAUUACGUUUAUAUGAAAGGAUUUGGGAAUUGAUUGUUUUGGAAGAACCUAUUGUAAUACGAGAGCAAAUGUUUCUAUUUCUUUCGUAUAUCGUCCAAAUAGUUACUGUUUCGUUACUGAUUUAUGGAACUGCUAACGAGAAUCCAAAAUUCAGUAUACCAUGGCUACUAAUCACAACUCCUGCAUUCAUCAUAGUAACAUUAUAUGGACUAAAUGUUAUAUUUACGGAAGAAGCAGGACAAGUUUUUUACAAUUUUUUAUCAAUGGGUGCUAUAUGGAUUAUGUGGUAUACAGUUUUAAAAUAUAAUAUUCAAAAAAGUCCUUUUUUUGAAAAAAUUAAAUACGUUAGAUUAAUUUCAAAAUAAUCGUUGAUAUAAGAAUUUGAAAUUAAUCACCAUGGAGAAGUACAUUCUUCCUUCAAAAAUAUUUAUUUACCAAAGAAACCAGAAUUGUAGUUACCUUGUUUGUGAUAAAUAAAACGCAGAACUCUUCUUUUU